AGCAAGAGCAAGAUGAACCUCCUUUAUGGACUGCGGUAUGCUGCAAGAAACCAUUUUUUCCCUGGAGUGAAUUCCCUGGCCAACUGGAGACAGUGGAAAUCACCAGCAGGCUGUCUACAAGCUCGAAGGACCCGAGUAGGGAAUGCGGGUUGGGGACUUUGCACUGUCAGUCAGUGUCAUCCGGUGACUUUACUACGUGGAAACUUCCAUUUCUGUAGGACUCUCAGUAGCGAAAAAUCAAGAUGCUUCUCAAAUGCCCAACGCCAGGAAGUGGGGGAGCUUACCUACAAACAUACUGUGUGGGGUGAUUCUUUUCCAAGACCAGGAGCGAGGAAAGUGGUUGGCGGUCCUCUGAGCUGCCCUGCGGUAAGAGCUUCCCAGAGUUUCCACACGUCUCCACCGGUUCAGGCUGCCCCAGCCCCUUUCUUGCUGCUCAUUCUGAAACCAGUACAGAAGCUCCUUGCCAUCAUUGUGGGCAGGGGCAUAAGGAAAUGGUGGCAAGCGCUUCCCCCUAACAAGAAGGAGCUAUUUAAGGACAGUGUGAAGAGGAAUAAAUGGAAGCUUCUCCUUGGUCUGAGUGCCUCUGGACUGCUGUUCAUAGUGUUUUAUUUCACUCACCUGGAAGUGAGCCCUGUGACGGGAAGGAGCAAACUGCUGUUACUGGGGAAGGAGCAUUUCAGACUUCUGUCAGACCUGGAAUACAAAGUGUGGAUGGAAGAAUUUAAAAAUGACAUGCUGCCUGAGAGAGACCCCCGGUACCUGACUGUUAAAGAAGUGGUGUAUCAUCUAACACAAUGCAAUCAAGAUGUCCCAGGGAUCUCUGAGAUCAACUGGGUGAUCCAUGUGGUUGACUCCCCAGAUGUAAAUGCCUUUGUUCUUCCAAAUGGACAAGUGUUUGUUUUCACUGGGCUUUUGAAUAGUGUAACGGAUACUCACCAGCUUUCCUUCCUUCUGGGCCAUGAGAUCGCACAUGCCGUCCUGGGGCAUGCUGCAGAAAAGGCUAGCCUGGCUCACCUACUGGAUUUCCUUGGUAUGAUUCUUCUCACAAUGAUUUGGGCUGUUUGUCCACGAGACAGCUUGGCACUUCUGGGCCAGUGGAUACAAUCAAAGUUGCAGGAGUAUAUGUUUGAUAGACCAUACAGUAGAACAUUGGAGGCCGAAGCAGACAAAAUUGGACUACAGCUUGCUGCAAAGGCAUGUGUGGACGUAAGGGCCAGCUCAGUGUUUUGGCAGCAGAUGGAGUUUUCCGAGACUCUUCAUGGCCACCCGAAGUUGCCAGAGUGGCUGUCGACACACCCUUCUCAUGGGAACCGAGCCGAACACUUGGACACACUCAUACCACAGGCUCUCAAACUUCGGGAGGUCUGUAAUUGUCCACCGCUCUCAGGACCAGACCCUCGGCUGCUGUUCAAGCUUACCGUGAAGCGUUUUCUUGAGGUCUCAGAGAAAGAGGACCCAAACAUCACCGUUAGGAAACAGAAGACAGAAGCUCUCCCCAUUCAGAAGCAGGAACAGAUACCACUGACGUACAUAGUUGAGAAGGGAACUACAAGUUGAACCGAAAUGUGUGAGACUUGGGCUAUGAAGAUGGGCUAUGAAGAAUACAGUCAUCUUCAUCCUUAUUAUGCGACUCGUAAACAUAGUGUUUUAAAUGAACAAAAAGGGAUACUCAAGGUCAAGUCAUGUGUAUUACGGAUGUCUGAAUUUUUCUAGAUUCGUAUCUUUCAUGAAAUAUUGAUACAUUUUAAUCUAUUUUAAAAGACAAUGAAGAAAAUGUCUUAGAAUAAAUUUAUAUUGUACAUCUCA